AUGGCGGAUAAAGUCACAGAUCUAGCAAGCGUGCACGCGACAGAAGUUGUGCCUCGAGUCCCUCAGAACGGAGACCUCGCAGGCGGUGACAUGCCACCACCAACUGGAUCUAGAUCCAAGGAGCAAUCGCUCACUGUCCAGCAAGAAACAUCUGAUUCCAACGCCUCGGAUCCACCAACCGAAGAAGAGCUGAAGGACUUGCGCAAGGUCCCCGAGAAGCUGCCUUGGUCUGCCUUCUUGGUCGCUGUCGUAGAGUUAUGUGAGCGAUUCGCAUACUACGGCCUCGGCGGCCCCUUUCAAAAUUACAUACAGAAUCCUUAUAAAGGACCCAGUGGGGUCCCUGGCGCGAUAGGCAUUGGACAAGCUCGCGCCACCAGUCUGAGCAGCUUCUUUCAGUUCUGGUGCUACGUUACUCCCGUAAUCGGGGCUGUCGUCGCUGAUCAAUAUCUCGGAAAAUACAACACCAUUAUAAUUUUCUCCCUGACAUACAUUCUGGGGCUUAUCAUCCUGCUCUUGACGUCUCUUCCCAUCGCGAUUGAAAAUGGCGCUGCAUUGGGUGGCUUGGUGGCAGCGAUGAUUAUCAUAGGUCUAGGAACAGGGGGUAUCAAAGCCAACAUAUCUCCCUUGAUCGGUGAGCAGAUCAAGGCGCACAAACCAUGGGUUAAAACGCUGAAAUCUGGCGAACGGGUCAUUGUUGAUCCCUCUUUGACGGUCCAACGUGUUUACAUGAUAUUCUAUUUCUGUAUCAACGUCGGUUCUUUAUCCGCCAUUGCUACCACCGAACUUGAACUCAACGUAGAUUUCUGGGCAGCCUAUUUGUUGCCCCUUUGCAUGUUCAUUUUUGGAUUUGGCGUCCUGAUCAUGGGCAAAAAGAACUAUGUCAUAAGGCCUCCUAAGGGGUCUGUUAUUACUCACGCCUUCAAAGCACUGUGGAUCGGAUUGAUGAACAAGGGCAACAUGGAAGCUGCGAAGCGCUCUUACCAGGAUGAAUACGGGGGGAAGUAUAAUAUUGAGUGGGAUGACCAGUUCGUCGCAGAAAUGAAACGGGCGAUUGUUGCUUGUAAAGUGUUUCUCUACUACCCCAUCUACUGGGUUUGCUACCAACAAAUGAUCAACAACUUCGUCUCCCAAGCCGGCACCAUGGAGCUCCACGGCGUCCCAAACGAUAUCAUGCAAAACAUCGAUCCCCUGACCAUCAUAAUCUUCAUCCCCAUUUGCGACCGGCUAAUCUAUCCCCUCCUCAGAAGAUUUCGAAUCGCCUUCAAACCCGUCUCCCGCAUAACAACGGGCUUCAUCUUCGCAUCUCUCGCAAUGGCCUAUGCAGCCUUCGUCCAGCGCCUCAUCUAUUACUCACCCCCUUGCUACAACGCACCCAGGUCGUGCCCCGCCAGUGAGAACGGCUCCUUACCCAACCGCGUCCACGUCGCCGUGCAAACUCCCGCAUACCUCUUCAUCGGCCUUUCAGAGAUCUUUGCAAGCGUCACGGGGCUCGAAUAUGCCUACACCAAAGCACCGCCCUCCAUGAAGUCGUUCGUCAUGGCUAUGUACAUGCUUACAAUUGCGUUUGGCGCUGCCUUGGCCAUGGCGCUGUCGCCGACGGCUAAGGACCCAAAACUCAUCUGGACGUACACCGGUCUCGCGGUCGCAAGCUUCAUCGCCGGCAUCGGAUUCUGGCUUCUCUUUAAUCGCUAUAAUGCGACGGAGGAGGAGAUGAAUACGCUAGAUGCUGAGCGGACUGUUGAUGAAGCGCCCGUUUCGGCUGCGGCGGUUCAUAUGCGUCCGUCAACGGUGGAUCCGGAAGCGCAGAGGAAUUAA